AUGGAAACAUAUAGUAGUAGUAAAACAGAUACAAGGAUUAUACGGUAUGGAUAUGGACGUGCCGACGUUAACGGGGGGAAAUUACAUUUCGUUUCAUACAAUAGAUUCACACCAACUGCCAUUGAAACUAGCACUAGUUAUAGAAACAUAGAUUAUAGAACAAUCUUUAUAUUGGAUAAGCAAUUUGGAUACCAAGCAGAAUAUGCUAUUAAAGAACUGUCAACCUUGACCAAAGAAGAAGUUGAACACUAUAAAUGGGCUUACAAUUCUGGAAUGGAUAUCAUCUUCCCUAUUUCCAUCGCUGUUGAUAUGAUGAUUGGUCUAGCUAAACUGUACACCCACAACAAGUUUGUCACGGUCAUUCAGUUCCUACCGCUCAUGUUUAUGUUCUCUGAUCUGAUUGAGAACUACUACAUUUAUAAUACGCUAAAACAAUUUCCGUUAUCUCCAGCAAGCGACCUUCAAUUAAUUCAAUCCUAUCUUAAAACUGGUUCCCAACUAACCAUUUCAAAAUCAAGACAGGAAGCCAAACUAUUGGAAAAACAAAAUCAAUUAAAAGCAAAAUAA